AUGCCCUACCAGCCCGCCCCGUCGGUGAACAUUGCACAACAUCCAUCCCAACAGGCUCCUCAUACUCCUAUGAGUGAGGGAAACGCCGUUAUUCCCUAUUCCAACUCCAACGGGUCACUCAAGACAUUUCCCUCCGUUAGCCCGUUCCCCGGCUCGGCCCAGCCCACGUCAUCCAUGGUGAUGAGUCCAGAUCCCACUCCCCAGCAUUCUACACCCAGCUACCUUUUGAGUGCUCCUACAGCAACACCUCUUAACCGCACUGAACCUAGAAACUAUGCCCCCACAACAUGUGGACAGCCCGCUUGUCAAGAGCCACCCCCCAAGUUCAAUCUAGGACUCGUUCCAUACCAAGCACAGAAUGGAGCGCAGGAUCCUUUCUAUGAUCCCGGCGCGGCAAACACAUUUGCUGCUCCCAAGAUGGCCUCUCCAUUGGCUUUGCAGGAACAGCAGGUCUUCGACUAUCGGUCUGACAAGUUGAAGGCUCUCACCUCGACUCCGUCGGGAUAUCCCAGCUUCCGUACCGCAAUGGCUCCCGAGUUUUUCCCAUUCGUCGAGGGCUCAAAGCAGCAUAAAACCGUCAACCACGGCGUUGUCAAGAUUCGAAACAUCCCAUUUGAUACCAAGCGUGCGGAAGUCAUUGCCUUCCUUGGGCGCAACUCCAAGAUUCUCAAUGACAGUGACGAACCUGUGCACAUCAUCAUGGAGCGGGUCACUAGCAAGACCAUGGAUGCCUAUGUCGAAUUUUGCACCCUUGAAGAUGCCAUGAAAGCGGUCGAGAGGCAUCAUCUGAACACCAUGGGUGGCCGCGUUAGCCGCCUCGGUGAUCGUCCUGUGGAUGUUGAACUCUCCGACCAAGGCUGCUUGAUGAAGGAUCUGUUCCCUCUCGCUGUUGGCAUCUUUUGGGAUGGCUCCAGGCCCGAGUUCAAGGCCCAAAAGCCGGAUCAGCCAUGGGAGAACUUCAAGGGAUUCAUCUCCGAAGAAGAAAUGACCAUGCUUGUGAAGCAUGUUGAGGUCCCGCACAGAUCUCCAUUUUCCAAGGACUGCCCUCAGCGUCCCUACGAGUGUCUCAUCAGCACUCUAAAGAAGUUCCCAUGGAGCUACACCGAUCACAUCACCAUCUCGCAGCGACGUGCCGUUUUCAAGGCGACAUGCGAGCUCCUUCGUCUUCUGGCUCGGACCAUCUACAAGACUGACAACCACAUGCACUUGAACAGGCAGCUUUAUCGCCGCGUCGCCAGUGCGGCAAUGGGCUGCCACGGCUUCACUCCUCUCAUGAAGGACGACAUUGCCUGGUUCGCGCAAAUGUCGGAUGAGGAGCAGCAGCUAGGCUAUGGCCAGCCGCCUUACGCGUUCGGAUGGCGCCAUCAGUAUGCGAUGUGCCUUAAGCCCGGGAUGCCUCCUGACGUUGUCGAGUGGUACAUUGCCCUCAUCCGUGACCAGACGCUACGUGAUACCAUGUCUCGGCCUCUUCAGGACCGCAACGAUAUCCAGGAGCGCACCCGUGACACCGACCCUUAUUGGGGUCACUUUUGGGCCGAGCUUGGCCACGUCAUGGGCCCGUCCUUUGACAGCCUGACCAUUGCCCAGGUCGCUCACAUGGAGUUUUCCGCCGUCGAGCGAAUCCUGUCCCGGGCGCUGGCUGGCUACUAA